GAUCGAGACUGUUCUGUGACAAAAUCUGCGUACGAAUAUUUCGUAUAUAGUUAUAUAUAAAAGGCACAGCUACAUGCAUUCUAUUUUCAUAUCAUAAUACAACAAGUAAACUUACAAAUAAAUCAAAACAAGUAUUGAAAUGACGUCUAUCAAGGUCAUUAAUGGCCCUAGCGACAUCCGUCGGCUGCGUGCGGCUAAUUGGGUUGACGCAAAAAAACAAAUCCUGUCACGUUUCGAUGCGCAAAACUUCACGGCCAAGUACGUUGACGAGGACGGCGAUGACGUGACCAUUUCGACUGAAGAUGAGUUCCAGGAGGCGUUAGAGCAGGCUACAGGCACCCUUCGUGUGAUCCUGUUUGACGUCGAGAAGCGCUCUGAUGUCUCUGAUAUACCUAAUAUACCGGUAAUGUCCUCUGAUUUUGAUAAAGAAGACACCGUGUUGGUUGAACCGGUCGACGAGACGUGUGUGGAACCGACAGUGGACGAGCCUGAAGAGGUACAGCCAGUGGUUACUGAGUCACUGUCUGAAGAUAGUGAUGCAGAGGACAUGGGCGAACAACAGGCCACUGUAGAGGCUGUGGACACAGAGCCAGAGAGCAAUGCCAAAGACAAAGAGGGCGAUGCAGGUCAGGCUGAGAAUGAAGGUGAUGUGAACAAUGAAUACAAGUCUGAAACACAUGAAGUAACAGUAGCGAAUAAUGUAGAGACAGAAACAAGCGGAUCAAAGGCAACUGAUACUAAAGUAGCAGAGGAGACUGCAACUGAUAAUAAGGAUGGCAAGAAGGAGGCACCGAAAUUAUUUGACUUCUUGGAGUGUGUUUUAGGGAAGGGUAUCGGAGAGCUGGUGGAGAACCUGGCCAAGAUUGAUUUGCGCGAAUACAAGGAUGAUUCAGAGCAGAACGAGUCUACUGAGAGUUCCGAAACAACAAAGAAGCGCAUGCACCCCGGCGUGUUCUGUGACCAGUGUGAAAAGACCAUAGUGGGUACUCGCUACACCUGUAUGGUAUGCCCUGACUACGACAUGUGUGACACCUGCUAUCAGAGAGUGGGACAUCCCGAGAAUCACACACUUGUGUUGCGCCCUGUGCCUGACUCGGAAAGUGGUCAUUACGGACGUCCUGGGCGGUUUUCUCAUUUCACUCCCGAGUAUCUGAGUGGUCCCGAUAAUUUUAACGAACACAUGAUGCGUAUGGGACAAAGUAGCCGUAACAUGUACGGUGGAUAUCCACACGGCCGUGGUGUUCAGUACAACUUUGGAGGUCCCAACAUGCAAGGCAGUGCAUAUAUGUUUGGCGUGCCUAUGCACAGGGAUGUACCAGUCGCUCACCCUGGCUGUACUGGUUGCCCACCUAGACAGUGUAGAGUAUGCCAGCAACGCCGUGCCCCACCUCAGGCACGAACUGAGCCUAUGACUUUGUUCAACUUUCUAGAUACCCUCAGAGGUCGGCAGACAAACGGUAGCGGUGAGCGUAAGGCCGCCGAUAACAGGUGUGGAACCAAUGUCAAUGGUAAGCAUGAAGCCAAGACAAGCGGCAAAUCUUGCACGGCAAAGGAGGAAGGUUCUAGCGACAAUCGCAAAUGCUUCAAACCGAAAUUGUCCAAUGUUACUGUGCGCGUUGUCAAUGAGAAGACCCGGCCAAAGGCGGAUGAGUUUGUGAAGAAGGCUACAGAGCCUGAGACGCCCGCAAAGGUCGAGCAAACUCCCAAGACAAAGGUCGAGCAAACUCCCAAGACAAAGGUCGAGCAAACUCCCAAGACAAAGGUCGAGCAAACUCCCAAGACAAAGGUCGAGCAAACUAGCGAGACAAAGGUCGAGCAAUCUCCGGAGUUAAAGGUCGAGCUAUGUCCCGAGAGUGUCGCUGACAGUAAGAGUACCGAACAGACUGUGAGUCCUCCUGACAGCAAGAGUACACAACAGACUGUGAGUGCCCCUGACAGUAAGAGUGCGAAACAGACUGUGAGUGCUGAUGACAGUAAGAGCACCCAACAGCCUGUGAGUUCUGGUGACAGUAAAGGUACCGAACAUGACCAGGGCGAAUUUGUCAUAGUGGAAACCGUGCCAGAUAUUGAAGAACCUUCUACGUCAUCUGCUCCCAGCGCGUCUGCUAGUGGAGCUAGUACACCCAAGGAACAUCUGGAUAUCAUGCACACGCUAUACGAGAUGGGGUUCAAAGACCGUUCGCUGAAUGCAGCAUACAUCCGUAUGUAUGGGUCGGAUGUGAGUGAGAUCGCCAACCGCUUGAGCGAGCGUAAGAGUUGAGUAAUCAGUGUUGGGAUUGGUGUACUCGGCCUAGGUUUCAUCCUAGGCACGGCACACGAAAGUUUAGAUAUUGAGAAAGCGCAUAUGUAAGCGCUGAUUAUCAAUCCCGGUUAGCUGUGUGACUGGGAGGGUAGUAGAGUAGGUCAUAAUAAUAAUAAAUACAUAACACUGAAUA